AUGGAUCCAAUGCAGUGCAGCUGCAGCUCCUCCUUCGGGCGUCUGACGUCACCGUACUGGAGCAGAGCCCUGCUGUACCCGGACUGGGCCUACAAGCCGGCCUGGUCCCCGGGCUCCAGGCAGGUGCAGCUCUGGCACUUCCUGCUGGAGCUGCUGGGCGGCGGCGAGGUCGGCGCCAUCGGCUGGGGACACGAGUGGGGCGAGUUCGUCAUCCGGGACCCCGAGAGGCUGGCCAGGCUCUGGGGGGAGAGGAAGGGCAAGCCUCACAUGAACUACGACAAACUCAGCCGGGCGCUCAGAUACUACUACAACAAACGAAUCCUGCACAAGACCAAAGGGAAACGCUUCACCUACAAGUUCAACUUCACCAAACUCAUCCUGGUCAACUACCCCGGCUUCCCAUCCAGCCAUCAGCUGGUCCCGGGCAGCCCGCUCCAGUUGCCCCCUGACUCUGGACUCCCUCUGCCUGCCGGACCUGGGUCAGUGAUGGCCGGAGUCCUCCCUCCCUACCAUCACCCUCUGCUGCUCCCCUGCUGCCUCCCCAAGCCCCUCCAUCCUCCCUGGCUGCUGCAGGGGCCCCUGAUGUGUGGCCCUGCUCCGCACGGUGACCCCAGCCUCCCUCCUCUGUGCAGAACCCUCACGGACUGGGAGGUGAAUGGAGGUGUGUUUGAGGGGAUGAAGACGCCUCAGCUCCCCGGACACGGCGACGCGCAGAUGAGGAGGAGGCGACAGUGAAGAGCAACCGACGAGGACAGUCGCACGCCACUUGGAUAAUCUGAACGCAUUUUGGUUCGAUGAACGUGUUAUUUUUGAACAAAGUUAUUUUUUUAAUUCAGCUG